AUGAACUAUUCUCCUAUCCAGAUAGCUGUUCCACUAGCUGUUCUCCCCCCUGUGGGUGUAGCCAAUAUAUCCUUUGAUAAUUCUUCAACUCAAUCAAGUGAUUUCAGCGAUAUUUUCUUGUUCGAGAAGGAUGAUUACGAAAGAGAACUAGAUAAGAUUAUCAAUGAUACUGAGAAACUUUCGAUCUUAAUAGAGAACAAAGAUGCUGUUGUUAAAGAUGAACUGAAUCGUCUGCAAGAAUUUAUAGAAGAUUAUAACGGUGAGACUGAAAAAGAUGCCUCCAUGUCUUCUUCUUUGAAAACCUUAUUUCAAAAAUAUGAUUGGUCCUUCGAUAAAUUCAAUUUACUCUCCAAGGAUAAAAAUCAAUAUAAUGAAUUGGAUCGAAUAGAAGAAAAUGAAAAAUUGGAUAACCCAACUGUAGCCAAGGAUAGUGUAUCAAACUGGUUUAAAUGUUGGAUUCAUAGAGGAAGAAGAAAAAUCGCUGUUAGUUGGAAAAACCGCAAACACAACCAGGAUCAUCCAAUGACUAAUCUAAUAUACACAAAUAACUCACCAUUCACCCCACCAAAUUCUACAGUAACAAACACAGUCCAAGUGAAACCAUAUACUGAAAUUUCACCGCUAUUUCAAGACAGUUCAUAUAGAUUCAAUGAUAACAACACCGCAGAAAGUGUCAUAAGCGAACCAACCCCACAUAAUAAUAGCAUGGUCACAUAUAAAAUUUUGACACCAUUGGUACAGAUAUGUCCAAAUAAAUCAACUUUAGACCUAGCAGGUAAUAGCAGUAACCUCUUGGCAACCCCUGACAUCUUCAAAAAAAAGACUAAUAGUACCAAUCUCUACUCAAAAUCAACCCCAACAAUUGCAGGAUCAAUGAAGGAACAUAUAGGAAGACAUAUAAAUAUGGCACAUAACUCAAUCAAAUCAUGGACAAUGAAAUUAUUCCAAGAAUUAACCAGUGAUAAAUCAAUCUCAAACGAAAUAGAAAGAGGAAGGUCAAGGACGAGGAAAUGGAAUAUGGAGAGAAGAAGAAAUAAAGAAUAA